ACGGUUGUUUGCUCCAUAUCUACAGUAUGGUACGUAUAAUAAAUCUGAUCAAGUUUAACAUGUUGACACGUGUUUGCACCGCCCCCUUUUGUACGAUAUCAUGUGACCGCAUUGUUUUUCUUUCAGACGAAAACCAGUCUCACACUGAUCCGCAGUGAAUAUUUGCUAGGCCGCUACAAUCUAACAAAAACAACGUUGUAGAAAUAGAAACAGGUCAUAUUUUAUAGAAAAAACAAAUACAAAUUUACAUAUUUCUGACUGCAUAAAGCUAAAAGUAUUUGUGAAAAGGCUACUGAUUGUAAGCGUAUGUGAAAUAGUCAUGAGUGAGGAGAACCUGGUAGAACAGCUGAAUAUUUUAUUUGGUGAUAAAAUAGGCGGUGUUGUCGGCGGUGUAGCCCUAAGCCUGGUAGUAGCUGGUGCUAUAACUUAUUACAUCAUGUAUUCAACAAAACAUACACCGAUCAAGACGUCUAUUAACAUGGAAAAUCAAUCCAUUGAAGUAGAGCCCGGUGUGAGAAUAUCUGGAUAUUUAACCAAGGAUUCUGAGUUAAUGAAAUAUCUAUUUGAAGAUUCUCAAACAUUGUAUGAAUGUUUUCAAAGAGGAAUUCGGGUGUCUGAAAAUGGUAACUGUCUAGGUAGCAGAACUGGACCAAACAAAUCUUAUGAAUGGAUCUCAUAUCCUCAGGUGUAUGAAAAGGCGGUGAAUUUUGGAUCUGGAUUGAUUAAGUUAGGUCUUAAGCCAGGAUCAUUUAUUGGUAUUUAUAGUGCUAACAGAAUAGAGUGGACUUUAGCAGAACAAGCGUGUAAUACAUUCUCUAUGGUGACAGUUCCAUUAUAUGAUACAUUAGGAGUAGAAUCCUGUCAAUAUAUUAUUAAUCAGAUUGGUACAUCAGUGGUUGUAUGUGAUAAACCAGAAAAGGCACAGAUUUUACUGAAGCAGGCUGCAAAAAUACCCUCACUGAAGUAUAUUAUACUAUUUGAUAAAAUAACCGAAACAAUUACACAAACAGCAAAGACAUGUAAUAUUCAAUUAUUACAUUUUUCUGAUGUCGAGGAAUCUGGUAAAACUAAUCCUGUUAGUCCAGUUUUACCCAAACCAGAAGAUCUAGCAACAAUAUGCUACACCAGUGGUACAACAGGAGAUCCUAAAGGUGUUAUGUUGACACAUUCUAACUUAGUAUCUAAUAUAUCAGCUAUAGCAGCCACUCUAGAUAAAGCGUAUAUACUCACUAAGGAUGAUGUCCAUUUAUCUUAUCUGCCAUUAGCUCAUAUGUUUGAAAGAGGCAUGCAGUUACUAUUGUUUAUGCACGGAGCAAAGAUAGGAUUUUUUCAAGGUGAUAUUAAACUAUUAACAGAUGAUAUGCAGACAUUACGACCAACUUUAUUUCCCACAGUACCCAGAUUACUCAAUAGGAUGUACCAACGUGUUAUAACUGGUGUUCGAGGUAGUAAAAUUAAAUCAACAUUAUUAGAUUGGGGAAUGAAAGCUAAAUUAAAAGAAAUUAAAAGAGGUAUUAUUAGAAGAGACAGCAUCUGGGAUAAAUUAAUCUUCAAUAAAAUACAGACUUUACUUGGAGGAAGAAUAAAAAUCCUAAUAUCUGGCUCAGCACCACUUUCUGAACCAGUUUUAAAUUUUACUAGAUGUGCUUUUGGUUGCUUGGUGUUAGAGGGUUAUGGACAAACAGAAGCUACAGCUGGAAUUGUAUUUAAUAUACCCGGUGAAAGUAUACCAGGACAUUGUGGGCCACCUUUAGUGUGUAAUUAUGUCAAAUUGAUUGAUGUACCAGAGAUGGAUUAUUUUGCUGAUCAAGGAACCGGAGAGAUAUUAGCUAAAGGGCCUAAUGUAUUUAAGGGUUAUUAUAAAAAUCCCGAGAAAACAGAAGAAGCAUUGGAUAAAGAUGGUUGGUUACAUACUGGUGAUAUAGGUACUUGGUUACCAAAUGGAACUUUGAAAAUUGUUGAUCGUAAGAAAAAUAUCUUUAAGCUCUCUCAAGGAGAAUAUAUAGCAGCUGAAAAAAUAGAGAAUAUUUAUCAGAGAAGUAGUUUUGUUGCACAAGUGUUUAUUGAAGGGGAUAGUUUAAAGCAUUUUUUGAUGGCUGUAGCUGUUUUAGACGAAGAAUAUAUUUUAAAAUGGGCUAAAAAUAACAACCAACCAACCUCCUUAAAAGAACUGUCACAAUCUCAAGAAGUUAAAGAUAUCGUGUUAAAAGAUUUAUUAAAGUGUGGUAAAGAUGCACAGUUAAAGGGCUUUGAACAGAUAAAGGAUGUAUAUCUCCAUCCAGAAUUGUUCUCCAUAGAAAAUGGUUUACUCACCCCCACAUUUAAAAACAAAAGACCCGCUCUGAGGAAAAACUUCAAGGGAGAAAUAGAUGCUCUUUAUCAAAAACACCAAGAUUAAUAGUCAUGGAAAUUUGUGUCAGAAGAGACACCGAAACGUUGCUCAAAGCGACUAUCCACAAGAAGAUAACCAUGUUCAUUUGUAUAUAGACAAAUUCUUGCCAUACUAUAUGUCAUAGUAAUUAAUUAUUAGACCAAUUCUUAUCCUAUUAUGUCAUAAUCAUUAAUUAUUAGAAAAAUGUAUACUCUAAUGUGUCAUAUUCAAUAAUUAUUAGAAAAAUUCUUAGACUAUUAUGUCUUGGUAAUUAAUUUUUAGACAAAUUCUUAAAAUUAUAUGGUAAUCAUUAUAAUUGUUAAAAUCUAUUAAGAAUUAACAUAAUUAAUUCAAAGGUGAACAAGCGUCUAGAAUAUAUUUGUUUUAGAAGAACUUACUAUUGUAUGGAGUAGACCACGGAAAGUCAGUGAUACAGGUCUGCCUGAAAAAAAUCUCAUUGUUCUGAUUAGUAGGCAAGCGAACUUGGCAGACCAAUGAAAGCAGUAGAUAACCGAUGCUAUGUGACGUUUCAGUCGUUAUUGUGACAUAAUAAUAAAACUAUAAUAGCCAAUCUGAUAACUGUAAGUCCGUAGACUCUAUGUGCAAAUAUAAAUGGACUCCCAAUACCCGCCGCCCCCGUCGAAAUUUCAGCAUCGUAAAAGCUCCAUCUUUAUUGAACUCGAUUGCGUCAUGCAAUGAUUUCCUGGUAAUGAAACCACAAGAUGGAGACAAAAGGAAUAUCAUCCACCAUCUUUACAACUGUCAUUUCAUAAUUAUAUUUUUUGUAUAUAUAAAAAUUUGUAAUAAAUAUAUAUUUUUGGUACAGCA